UCCAUAGACAAAGCAGCCCUGAGGGCUGCUGGUUGCCCAUUUUUAUGGUUAUUGCUUGAUGAUAUGCUAAAUGGGUGGAUUAUUGAUGCCUCCCCUUUUAAGACCAUAUAGGGUAACUUCCUGACACUGCCAUGGCAUUCGUAAACUGCCAUGGCGCUGAUGGGAGUGUAGUAGUGAGGACUACCAGAGGUCUCUUUCAUGGCCAUCUUGGUUUCGGUGGGAUUUAGCCGGCUUCUUUACUGCAAUCUGUUUUAUCAACAAGGUUUUUAUGACGUGUAUCUUGUGCUCACCUCCUAUCUCAUCCUGUGACUUAGAAUGCCUUAACGGUCUGGGAAUGAAUGCAGCCCAGUAGGUUUCAACCUCAUUUUACUCAGCUCCUAUUUAAGAUGGAGUUGCUCUGGUUCACAUACCUCUGACAGUUCCCUUAGAGGCAAAAUCUUUUUAAUAAAAAGAAUAAAUAAAUACUGUAAAGUGCUUUAGAAUAAUGUUUGGCACAUGUUAACCACCACAUAUGUUUUUGCUGUUAUUAUCUGAAAAAAAAUCCAGGUAAGAUUCCUAAUUUAGCAAGUCACUAAUGGAACUUGUAAUAAUUCUUAAACAACAUUACUUUAAAAAAUUACGUAAAAAGCAUGUAAGCCUUUGGAAACAAACUUGUUUCCUUAUGAUAUUACUUAACUUCUGGUGCCUUGAUGCAUUUGAGCACGUUUAUUUUGAAGGCAUCACCUUCAUAUAAUCAGUUCAACUUUAGUCAUUAAUGAUCAACUCUACUGUGCUGUAGAUGGAAUAGUAGGCCUGGGGGAGUUUAGAGGAAAAGACAAUGGGGGAAUGGGAGUUCAAAUAAUUAUAAAUAACCAGUAAUAAAGUAAAUUAACAAAACCAUAAAAAUUAAACUCCACAGAGUAGUACUUGAACUUGAUGCGUUUACAGAUAGGUAAAACUAUACUGCUUUUAAAAUGUGUGUUGGCUCCAAAGUAUCCUCACCAUCACAAAGUGUAUUCAGUGAACAAUGUUCAGUCCUGAAAUUUGGAAGUUAGGGGGGCAACUUCUGCCUGAAAUAAGACAAAAGUAAAAAUCCGCCACAGUGCAAGCAGAAGAGUCAGGUUUUCUACCCACCAGGCCCUAAUAUCCUCCGAGCGCUUUAACGCUUUCGCUCAAGAAGGCGCCGGCUGCUGCGAUGGACAUGGGCGUCCGGCUCCGGCACGUGCCGCGGGUCUUUCCGGCCCUGGUGAGGGAGCUGGCGGACUCGCGCCAACCUUCGCGGGAGAGCGCCACGAAAGGCAGAUGGUUCCCUCACUUUCAGCACCUCCCUGCCGCGCUCUCCGGGUCCAGGCCGCUAGCCGGAUUGAAGCCGCUCCGCGCGUCGGGCCCCGUGCCCUGGCCCUCCCGGGUGUCGUCCGGUCCUGCCUCUGCGGGGCCCGAGCCCGCCCACGGCGCCAGCUGGCCAAGGUGUCCCAGCUGCUCCUUGGCGCCCCCUGGCCCAGCUCCGGCGCCCGAGGUUUCCGGUGAGCUGCAGUAGCCGGUUAUGACGACUCCCUCCUCUGCAACAGCCGCAGUCUCCUCCGCCUCCUCCUCGAUAGUCACGGCUGCCGCGGCUCCAGGCCUGUGGAAAUCGAAUCAAGGGUUUCUGGAGUGGAGUCAGUCCAGCUGCUUUGAGCUGAAGGAAAAGUAGCCUGGCCACCAAAGCGUCCCUGUGCUGGAGGAGUGCAGCCACCCAUCCCCGCGGGCCUUGCAGGAGGACCGACACCAGGAAGGCUUUGUGCCAGGCCCGGCAGCCACCCCCACCCGCCUUAUGCAAGUGGGUACAUGCCGUCGCCAGAAGCCAGCUUUCUGAUCUGCGUCUUUAGAUUUUUUCCAUCGCCUGAGCCUUACUUCUCAACUGAUCGGUGAGUUUAGUGAUGGCCAGAGCUCACUGGAGGACAGUGGACUUGGAUAACAAGGGUCAGGGCUUGGUCAUAACAAUGACUUUAUUACCGGGAAGGACAAUUCAAAAAAUAGGAAGGCCUGGGAACCCUCAGGCUCGCCACUCUAGGUUUUAGAGACCUGAAACAUCACAGAAGCUUCUGAGUGGUUCUGAGGAUUCAAGAGGUUUGCAGGUUGCUAUGUUAAUGUUGUUUGUCUUUGGAGUCUUACUUCAUGAAGUCCCACUGAGUGAUCAGAAUGAAGCUCCUCCUAACACUCACAGCAUUCCAGGCGAACCUCUGUAUAACUAUGCCAGUAUCCACUUGCCAGAGGAGCACAUUCCCUUCUUUUUGCACAACAAUAGGCAUAUUGCCACUGUCUGUAAGAAAGACUCUCUUUGUCCAUAUAAGAAACACCUAGAAAAGCUAAAGUACUGCUGGGGUUAUGAGAAAUCCUGUAAACCAGAGUUCAGGUUUGGUUACCCAGUUUGCAGCUAUGUUGACAUGGGAUGGACGGACACUCUUGAGUCAGCUGAGGACAUAUUCUGGAAACAGGCUGACUUUGGAUAUGCCAGAGAGAGGCUGGAGGAGAUGCAUGUGCUCUGUCAGCCUAAGGAAACGAGUGACUCAAGUCUGAUGUGUUCCCGUUAUCUUCAGUACUGCAGAGCAACCAAUCUCUACCUUGAUUUAAGAAACAUCAAGAGAAAUCAUGACAGAUUUAAGGAGGACUUUUUCCAGAGUGGUGAAAUUGGAGGGCACUGUCAACUUGACAUCCGUACAUUGAUGUCUGAAGGUCAGCGCAAAAGCCCUCUGCAGUCAUGGUUUGCUGAGCUACAAAGCUAUACUCAGCUCAACUUCACACCUAUAGAAGAUGCUAAAUGUGACAUUGUCAUUGAAAAACCAACAUAUUUCAUGAAAUUAGAUGCAGGUGUUAACAUGUAUCAUCACUUCUGUGAUUUCAUCAAUCUUUAUCUUACUCAGCACGUUAAUAACUCAUUCAGUACUGACGUGUACAUCGUGAUGUGGGACACUAAGUGUCUUUCACCUCCCGCCAUGGUUCUGAGGCCUCCCCAGCCAUGUGGAACUAGUUCUUACGGAUAUGGUGACCUAUUCUCCGACACAUGGAAUGCAUUUACUGAUUAUGACAUUAUACAUUUGAAAACUUAUGAUUCCAAAAGGGUAUGUUUUAAAGAAGCUGUUUUUUCAUUACUCCCCCGCAUGAGGUAUGGGCUGUUCUAUAAUACUCCUCUGAUAUCUGGCUGUCAAAAUACUGGACUAUUCAGGGCAUUUUCCCAGCAUGUGCUACACAGACUAAACAUCACACAAGAAGGACCCAAGGAUGGAAAAAUUCGAGUCACCAUUCUUGCACGGAGCACAGAAUACCGGAAAAUCUUAAACCAAAAUGAGCUUGUAAAUGCACUGAAAACAGUACCUACAUUUGAAGUCCAGAUUGUUGAUUACAAGUAUAGAGAACUUGGGUUUUUGGAUCAACUGAGGAUCACACACAACACGGACAUAUUUAUUGGAAUGCAUGGAGCUGGUCUGACCCAUUUACUUUUCCUUCCAGACUGGGCUGCUGUAUUUGAAUUGUACAACUGUGAAGAUGAACGCUGUUACUUAGACUUGGCCAGGCUGAGAGGCAUUCACUACAUCACUUGGCAAAGGCAGAACAAAGUCUUUCCUCAGGAUAAGGGCCACCAUCCAACCCUGGGGGAGCACCCGAAGUUCACCAACUACUCUUUCGAUGUAGAAGAAUUUAUGUAUCUUGUCCUUCAGGCUGCAGACCACGUAUUGCAACACCCAAAGUGGCCAUUUAAGAAGAAACGUGAUGAGCUAUAAAUACGUUGAGUCUGUUUGCAAAAAGAGAGUGUUUAAACACUCCAACACCCAGACUUAGAAUUAAAUCAGUAAAGCAAUCUGUUAUUUCCUAUCCCCGAAUUACCUUUUCUAUGCCAAAACAUACCUUCAGGAUAUUGUUAUGUGUUUUGUAGACGUUAAGUGUUUCAUAUGGUUUUUGUGUCAUUGCUAUUUAUCAAUAGCAAUAAUUUUGCACUGAAAUCUUUUUAUAGUUCAAAAAUUGAGCAUGGACUCCCUGGUACACUUUACCUUUCUUUCUUUUUUUUUUUCUGAAACAGAAAAAAAAAAUCCUAAUAGAUAUAUAUAACCUAAUAGAUUUUUCUAAGCCCAAAUUUCAUGAAGCUGACUUUAUAACAUUAAA